CAGACCUGGGCCAGCCCUCGGCCGGGGGGCGCCACACUACUGCCAUCCUUCCAUUUCGUUGUCUCCCUCGGCGCGGCACCGGCCGGCUGCCCCAGCGCACCGCGACUUGCACAGCUUCGUGUCUCGCGGCCAGGCAGCCGCACAGAGACUCUCGGCCGCUCAGCCAGCCAGCCCCGAACCCCGCCGCUCAACAGCCCGCUACGCCUGCUCCCAGCCACCCUCUUUCUCCCAGUCAUGCGAAACGGCCCCCCGGCCCGCCCCACCAGCCUCCCGUCCCCUUCCCCGCCCCCGCCGCGUCUGGCUUCCCUACGAGCGACUACCCUCCGUCGGACCGGAGUCCGCGCCAGGUGCCCCGAUGUCUGCAUUGCUCCGGGGCCCUGGCGAUGGAAGCACCUUGCGGCCCAAGAUUGGGAGCCCCAUCUGCAGUCACCGGCCCCUCCCUCCGUGCGCCCGAGCUCGGGGCAUCCCCUCCAGCGGUGGCCAGCUGUGGACACCCAGGCCGAGGAUGGGCCGGGGCUCCAAGGCGGUCUCUUCACAGAGCCCUCAGAGCCCUUCCCUGAGGAGCCCAAAGCUGUGGAGAUGCCCUCCCAUCACUGCCACAGAGACCCCCUGCCACAGCUGGGUCUCACCCCUGAGAGGCUGCAGGCACAGAGGCAGCUGUGUGCCGCCUGUGCUGUGUGCUGCGUCUUCAUGGCCGGCGAGGUGGUCGGUGGGUAUUUGGCACACAGCCUGGCCAUUAUGACCGACGCAGCCCACUUGCUGGCGGAUGUGGGCAGCAUGAUGGGCAGCCUCUUUUCCCUUUGGCUCUCUACCCGUCCGGCCACCCGCACCAUGACCUUUGGCUGGCACCGCUCAGAGACUCUGGGGGCUUUGGCCUCUGUGGUCUCCCUCUGGAUGGUCACUGGCAUCCUCCUGUACCUGGCCUUCAUCCGCCUGCUGCACAGCGACUACCACAUCGAGGGGGGCGCCAUGCUGCUGACCGCCAGCAUCGCAGUCUGUGCCAAUCUGCUAAUGGCCUUUGUGCUGCACCAGGCUGGGCCCCCCCACAGCCAUGGGUCUAGGGGGGCAGAGUAUGCGCCACUGGAGGAGGGGCCCGGGGAGCCCCUGCCCCUGAGGAACACCAGCGUCCGGGCGGCCUUUGUGCAUGUGCUGGGGGACCUCCUGCAGAGCUUUGGCGUGCUGGCCGCCUCCAUCCUCAUCUACUUCAAGCCUCAGUACAAGGCAGCUGACCCCAUCAGCACUUUCCUCUUCUCUAUCUGUGCCCUUGGGUCCACGGCUCCCACCCUCCGAGAUGUUCUUCGCGUCCUCAUGGAAGGUUCCCCCAAAAAUGUGGGGUUUGAGCCGGUGAGGGAUACACUUUUGUCAGUGCCAGGAGUCCGGGCAACUCAUGAGCUGCACCUGUGGUCCCUUACGCUCACUUACCAUGUUGCCUCCGCACAUCUGGCCAUCGACUCCACAGCAGACCCUGAAGCUGUCCUGGCCGAAGCCACAUCCCAGCUCCACUCUCGGUUUGGAUUCUCCAGCUCUACCCUGCAGGUCGAGCAGUACCAGCCUGAGAUGGCCCAGUGCCUGCGCUGCCGGGAGCCCCCCCAGUCCUGAGCUGACCCUGCCCUCACCCCACUGCCAGGCCCUGGCUCAGCCCUGGACUCUCAGCACCUGCCUCCCUUCUCAUAGACAAAGGGCAGAGCCGGGCCCUUACCCCCUCCUCUCCCCCCUCCUUUCACCUGCCAGCUCCCCAGCCCCCAGCCCCAGUGGGCAAGACCAAAGUGUGUGUGUGGGGGAGUGGGUCGGGAGUCAGGCAGAGCAGGGAAUCAGUGCAGUGGGGAUAUGUGGAAAUCCCGGGGUCCCUGCUCCCACAGUCUGGGGAGCUGCAAGCAUCCUUUCCGUGCAGUUCAUUUGUCUGUGUGGCAGCCUGGCUGGCUUGGGGCAUUUGCCUAUCUGUGUGCUGUCGGUGUGCCUAUGCCUGGGGGAGGUCAGCAGGGGCCCCUCCUCACAUGGCCCUCGCUCUGUCUAUGCAGGAGCCCCAAAGCUCGCACUUUGUCCGUGUGUGGCCUUGUGGUUUUCUCUGUGUGUACGUGUGUGUGUGUGUGUGUGUGUGUGUGCAUUUCUUGGUGCUGUGGCCUGUGUGUCUCUGUGCCUGUGUGGCUGUGCUAUGGUCUCUAUGAGUCUGCACCAUCCAUGUGUCCGUUUGGGGGUCUGUGUCCAUCCCUCUGUUGGUGCUGUGCCCUUGGCUAUCCCAGAGAGAGGGAAAACUCGGCCGCAGCUCCACCAAUAAACUUGUGUCUAACUGCA